AGAACAAGUCACAGAAACAGAGGACGCGACGGUGGAGUCUGCUCUGCUCCACCGGGAUCGUCCAGUGUUGGCGGUCUUUACUCUCCAUCUUCCCCCUCCUAUGGUGGCUUAACUGCAGAGAUUCCGCAGAAAGAGACAAAGGGUAAAUCGUGGUUAAACUGUGAAGAAAACCUUUAAAGAUCGAGCUAUGUGGAGACUCUUGCGUAGAAAAUUUCACGAGUAACAACAGAGCAAUUAUAUGUGUACGAUGCGAAGAGGGACGAAAGAGACGAGGCGGGCCGUGUGCUAAGCGUGGAAUGGCGACGGGUGGAGUCGAAUGGUACAGUGCCGUGCCGUCGAGUCGUCCCUGUCAUGUCUCACCCACCCACCGGAGCCUUGUUUAUCACCGAGUUAUGUAGCGUGGACGACGGGGUUGGUUGCAGACUCUGCUUUUAGUUUGAUUCAAGAGAAGUUCUGAGUUGGUGGAUCUGCUUUGGUUCUUCUGGUAGAACAAGAGUCGAGUAUCGAUGCUCUCAGCAUUAGCACAGCAAUGCGACAGUGUUCUGUGUGCAUGAGCACAGCUGCCAUGUCUUCUGCUGCAGAAGACACAGCUGCAACACAAAGACAACAGAAUCCUUGACUCUCUCUCUCUCUCAUCCCCUUCCCUUUUCUCCCUUUCGUCUCUUCCCUCUGCGUCUAUUCUCGUUCCUCCUUGCACGCUCACACUCCAGACCAAUUAUGGAACCCCGACGCCUGUCGAGUAAGCCGCAGAGCAAGAGCAGAAAGAAGGUGCGGAACGAGAUGGCGGGGGCUGCCGUGCACGACGACGGGGGCGAGGAAGACGAGGAGGUGGCUCCCGGGGGAGAGGCGGCGGAGAAGGACAAGAAGCGGAGGCCCUCCUCGUCCGUGGCGACGAAGAAGGGAUCGGGUAGCGGCAGCGGCGGAGGCGUGUCGCCGCCGUGCUGCCAGGCCGAGAAGUGCGCCGCGGACCUGGCGGAGGCGAAGCUGUACCACCGGCGGCAUAGAGUCUGCGAGGUGCACUCCAAGGCCGCCGUCGUCAUCGUCGCGGGUCUGCGGCAGAGGUUCUGUCAGCAAUGUAGCAGAUUCCAUGAGGUAUCGGAGUUCGACGACUCCAAAAGGAGCUGUCGCAGGCGUUUGGCUGGCCACAACGAGCGCCGGAGAAAGAGUUCUUCCGACAGCCAGGGAGACGGCUUGAGCCGCUUCAGGCAGCCAGACGAAGAUGGGAGGAUGCAGAUGAGUGACACGGGUAAUUCCACGCACAAGCAUUUCCAGAUCAAAUGAGAUGUCGUGCUUCCCAUGAAAGCAUGCUCUCUCUCUUCUGUCAUGCUAUAUGGGUCAGACGUGGCCUAUCGCGCACUUUCUAUGUGGCAUGGAAAUCUACUAACUCUGCAGCUAUCAUCUGCUUGUUGUGAUAUCAUUAUGGAUUAACUUUGUUGAAGUGUGUUUAUUUUCACUUCUCAUUUGUAUUUUAAUCCUUGAAGAGUUCAUCUUAA